GUCAUAAAUCCUUUCUCCAACUCAUUUUUCAGCUUCUUGUCAACUGAUGCCAGUCACCAUUAAUUUACUUUUGGAAUACCUAAACCUGAUGCUUCAUUUCUGGCUGCCUCAAUUAUAGACCAUGGAAGGACAGGGCGUGCAGGAUCAACAGGCCAAGCUACUUCAUUUUCUUGAGAUUGCCCUUUAAGUGAGAGAGAAGAAGAUAAGAUAAGAUAAGAAAUCUUGAAGCUAAGCUUGUUGAAUUGUAAGCAGCUUCUGAAAAGCUCGGCCCACCAUUGAAUUGGAUUGCAUUCUUGAUCACUGAUCUUUGUGGGUUCGGAUCCUCUAGAGUGGUAAUGGUACAGUGAUCCUCUAGAGUGGUAAUGGUGGAGCGCCACGUGUCCCAUUUUUGAAGUGAAUGGCUGAGAUCGUUUUAGUGAAGAAAAAAAAAACUGUUUGUUUGUUUCAGUUCAGUGACUCAAAGAGAGGGAAAAGGAGAAAGAGAGGAGGGGCUGAGGAAGAAUGCCAAAGGCAACGCUGCCUUCGCCGCUCAACCUUGUUGCGGCCAACUACGUUCUAUACUCCAAUCGAUCCCACCUUAUGCUGUCGAGAUCAAGUCUGGUGUCGCUCACGAACAACACAUUCGGCAGAUCUUGGGAAAUCGAUAAAUUUUGCUGGAAUAUGGACUUGUUUCUCUUGAUACUGAUAUGGGAUGAUGAGAGAUUUGUAGAGUUUCAUAGGUUUCAGCAUAUGAUGUGCCCCAUUCUAGAAUGCAAAACUAGGAACACUAUUAAUCUUUGCCUGUGGGAAGCCAAAGUUGGUGCUGAAGACCAUAUGUCGGACACAACUGUGUUCACCGUUUGAUUCAAUCCAAAACUGAUGGGAAGUUGGUUGAGUUGAAUCACUAUUGUGCACAUGCUGAUGAUGGUUGUGGUAGUUGCAACUGUAGUACUGAU